AUGGCAAAGAUGACGACGACGAAUACAGAUUUCUUCGAUUCGACUCUGGACACUGUAAUCUUGCCAAAGUCGAUAGCUUUUCAGGGCCACAGAGCGCAAUCAUUUGUACCUGGAGCCAUUGAGCUCAGUAAUGAUGCUAUCGGUGAAGCCCAAUCAUGUGCUUCUGUUGUGCUUGAUUACGGUCGCUGCGAGGGCGGCAUGCCAUUUUUCGAAAUCAACAGAGCACAGGGACAUCAAACACUUGUUGUAAAGGUAGUUUACAGCGAGACUGCCCAAGGCAUUGAUACAGAGACAGGCGACGGGCCCUUCUUUUUUUUCUCAAACACUAUGGACACCUAUCGGACUAUCCAGCUCGACAUUGCGCCAUCAGAGAAGUCAUUCACAAUUCUCCCCUUCUAUGCACAAUACUCGCAGAGAUACCAGAAGAUCACCCUAGUCUCGCCCAAUGCCAGUGUCACUUUCGGCAACAUUGGCUUUAAACGUACUCGACCGAGUGCGAUCCCCAAGGCUCAUUUGACUACUUCUGAUGAGGAAUUGAAUCGAAUCUGGGAGGACGGUGUUCGUACGGCAGAAAUGUGUAGCCUAGUGCUUGGCGAGACCAAGCCUGCCUGGGAAAUCACUUCAGAAGGUGCCAGAAUUCGUGGUCAGCACUGGGCGCCCUGUCGGUGGGGCACUAGAUGGACUGAUAAAACAAUUACCUUUCAAACACGUAUAGAGCGCUGUGGGGCUAGCUGGGGAGUGCAUAUGGUUACAAACGGUUUGAUCUUUUGCCUCGAUUUGACUUCACGCACACUGCGGGCUGUGGAAGGUCUCGCGGACCAAGCUACCGUGUUUCCUUGCACUGAGAGAGGCCAGUGGCCACUUCCAGAAACAAUUGACUUAACAGGUUGGAUAUCAGUCCGUGUUCAAACAGUUGAUCAAUCUGCCCUCAUUUGGUUGAACGAUGUUCAAGUCAGCACUAUUGACAAUCUAUCAAUCCGUCCAGUACUGGGUGGUAAAAUCAAUAGCGGAUCGAUAGCAUUCGGCGGCCCUUCAGGUUGGAUUGCCAUGUUUCGUGGAUUACUUGUUAAGGCUGCCGACGGACAUGUGCUCUAUGAGAAUGAUUUGUCUCUUGCGGACAAGGAAAGAACGUACGCAGAUUUCCAGGUUGGCUCAAACCCUGUCCCUUGCACCAUUGACGGUGCGAAACGAGACCGCGCAUGUUUUGGAGGAGAUCUUUUCGUCACAGGACGUUCUAUAGCCUACGGGGGGCUUAACCACGAUGCUGUGGCCGGUACAAUCAGACUCCUAACUAGUCACCAGACAACAGACGGGUAUCUUGGAAACUUGUGCUCAGCACAAGCUCCGGUUCAUGAAACGAACGUGGAUCCACCAUCCUACGCUUUCUACUCCCUAAGCUAUGCCUUACUGUUAGUAGUGGCCAUCAAGGACUACUGGCUUCACACCGGGGAUGCUGUGUUAAUAGAUAAAGUUUACCCUGCAAUGUUAAAAUUGCAGGAGUUUGUGCAAAGACACUUGAAUCAGGAAGGGCUGGUAGAAGUCUCGCCCGAGCUCUCAAUGACAUGGUUUCCAUUGGGUGGACCAAUAUUUGGGGUGUCUGCUGUGGUCAAUCUUGCAUAUUACGAUAGUCUCCGAGCCAUGAGCAUUCUGGCAUCUGGUACAGAUGAGAAGAAACGCUUGACACUGUUGGCAGAAAAUUUACGGGAUCGGAUGGUAGAGCACCUAUGGAAUAAAAGUACUGGAAUAUUCCGCAUGGGCACGACGCUUCCCGAGGACGGUGUUUGUCAGGAUGUUGUUGCGUAUGCGACAAGUCUUGGUAUCAUCCCUGGACAUCCAAACCUCCAAGCCCAUCUUGGUGCUCAGGAUACGCAAUUACCUCUAGCAUUUCGAGGAUUAGGCCAUUGGUCCGACAGCAAAGUCGUCAGUCCGUAUGCUACAGGCUAUGCAGUCGAAGCACUGUUUUCACAAAAGCUCGGCGACAGCGCCUUAAACUUACUGAAGCGCGUUUGGGGUAGCAUGGCAGACCGUACUAAGCCAAACUUUUCAGGAUGUCACUGGGAGGCGAUGAGGCUUGACGGUGAACCUUACAGUCACGACACAUCCCUUGCACAUGCGUGGUCAACAUGGCCUGUCUUCCUGCUUCCACGAUACCUCGCCGGUCUAAGAUCGACAGGACCUGGAUGGGAGUCAAUCGAGAUAACCCCAUUGAGAACAAAAAUUCGGCAUAUCAGUUAUGAUAUUGAUACAUGUAAGGGGAAAAUAGCUAUUGUCAUAGAUUGGGUUCAAGAAAGUGGGAUUGAAAGAGGAAGUACUGUAGGCACCGUACGUUUGACGCUACCGGCAGGAGCAAAGGCGACGUUGACUGUUCCCGAUGGAUGUACACGAGAUUGUGCGGAGACAAUUGUCGGUCCAGUUCUGGACCUAAUGAUCCAAAUCAAGAAUUAA